GAGAAGAGGGCGGGGCGUGGGGUGACCCGGAUGCUGAUGCGGGUCCCGCCCCUGGCACCGGGGGAGGCAGGAAAGGAACGGCCCACCGAGUUGACACCGCCGUUCUCGCCCUCUUCGCUAACAUCAUGCUCCAAUUCCUGCUUGGAUUUACUUUUGGCAACCUGGUCGGAAUGUAUCUGGCUCAGAAUUAUGACAUGCCAAACCUGGCUAAAAAACUUGAAGAAAUUAAAAAGGACUUGGAUGCCAAGAAGAAGCCCCCUAGUUCAUGAGGCCCGAACCAGCACUGCCCCCGGAAGUCUCUCCUCGCGGACCUCCUGCACCCUGUGAACCAAAAGCCUGUGUCUUACUCUCCAGUCUCUGCCUUCGCUCCACCCGAACGGCCUGCGAGCGCACUCAGGGGCCACCAGUUAAGAACUGCCCUCACGUCUCCAACGCCCUCCCCUCUUCCCUUCCUCCUGCCAGUCGCUUGGGAGGUCCUGAGGCUGGAAUUGUGGUGCUAGAUUAGUAAACAUGGCCUUUCAUUAGCGGUCUCUCCCUUAUUCUUUGGGACUUCUACUGCCUUUUUCGUAAGAAAACUCGCUGAGUUUUGUAUAGCUGAUCAGAUAUAAAUAAUGCUGAUUUCACAGUUUAGCGAUUAUAAUAGGUGUUGAAACAUUUGGUACUAAAUUAUGUUGAUUCAAGGUCAUUAAAAUUAAAAUCUAGAAGCCAGUUUCUGGUGAAUUAUCCGUUUACUUUAUACUGUUCUCAGUAUAAAUGACAUAUAUAACUCCAUAGUUGCUAACUUAACCAAUCAAUCAAUUUACUACUACAACUGAGAAACUACAUUCUGAGAACCCCACCAGGAACUGGGGGAUUUAAAAAAUAUGUAAAGUAAUGGCCUUUGUUCUCAGUAGACUUCAUAGUCUAGUAUGUGUGUUUUUCCUUAAUGAUGUAUUUGAUCUGGCUCUUUUCACUCAAAAGAAUCAUACUUAUUUUAAGGGAUUAUAGGUACAUUUGACAUUACAUGAUGAAAAAAUGAUGCCUUUUCACAUUAAAAAAAGGUAUUUGCAUUACAACUGUAGUGAUUCUCACAAGAAAACUUCUUGAUUUUUUUUCCCUGCAAUCAGAAAUUGCCACUAUAAUUUGUUGAAUGUAUAUUCAGUCCAUUUUUAAAAAUUAAAAAUGUUUGUAUCACUUUCCUGCACCUGAUUCGGAAUAAAGGGCCUCCCGCACCCCCAGCUCCCAGCUCCUGUCGCAGGAGGCAGGCACUGCGCGCUGUUCACUGUGCGCCUUUGCGAAAGACUCGGUGCCUGAACAAACACACGUGCGCGGGGCCUUUACCCGGAUGGAAACAGCCGUACAUAGGCUUUGCCCCGACCUUUUCUUCCUGUUCCAUGCCCGUGUGUAAGGAAUACGGAAUCGCUUUCCUUUCCUGGCUACAUAAGAUUCAGUUGAAUGAAUAUACCGUAAUUUAUUUAAUCUGUUACUGAUGAAUAGUCACGCUGUUUCCUGUCUUCUGCUGUUACAGUGACAACCCUGAACCUUGUUACACGUAUCUAGGCAGGUGUAGCCAUAAGCAAAUGCCCUAAAACUGUCAUUUGCACUAAAUGUAAGCAAAGUCCCAUUUCACUGUGCGUUUUUGUUUUGGAGGGCUUGUUGGGCAGCUUCACCGACAAUGCCUCUUCUGAGGACGUUCUAGCAGAAGCAGUAAACUGGAGGAUUAUUUAUGACACCUUUCCCACACACACAGGCGAUGCUGAGAGUACAUGCAGUUAGAAAGUGCAGUGGUUCUGCUCCUCUGAAAACGUGCCGCUCUGGUACGUGCAGAUGCGUUUUAUCCAUCAGCGCAUCCUGCGGUGUGAGACAGAUUAGGAACAUACCAUGGUUUGGCCUCUCCCGAGCAGUGUGACUGUGGGCAGACAGCUUAUUUUUCUGAAACUGUUAUAUUCUCUGUAAGAUCUGGACGCAAUACCUACCUCAUAGGGCUUCCGUGAGCAACAAUGGAGAUAAUGUACGUGAUGUGCAGUGCUUUGCAGACUUACCCAAUAAAUAGUAGAUCUUAGUCCAGA